AUGGAGUUGACAUCCGUGACCACCCCAGUCGGGACUAGCGAGAAAGUUGAGGUGGAGAGCGAGAAGAAGGCUGAAGUGGUCGAAGCGCCGGAGGACGAGCGAGAGCCGAGCAGCGUCAUCCUCUUUUGGCUUUGCUGCGUCAGUGCGCUGGAAGGGCUGGAUACUCAGCUCGUUCCUGCCUGUCAAUACGCUCUCCAGCGAGACUUGGGACUUCAACUGGGGCACUUUGCCGUGCUUACCACGGUUCAGAUGGUACUGACAAACUUGGCCGCUCCAUUCUGGGGCAUCCUUGCUGACCGCGGCACGCUGAAGAAGAAGACCAUCCUGACCCUGGGAGCUGUUGGUGAAGGCCUGGCGGUGACGAUCUUCGCUUUCGUGCCGAACUUCUACGUCAUGAUCUUGCUGCGCGGCAUGAGCGGCUUCUUCUUGGCCUCGCUGCGGCCAGUGUGCAACGGGCUGAUCGCAGACCUCACCAGCGACAACAAGCGCGGCAAGAUCUUCGGUCGCGUGCAGAGCGCACUGCUCUGUGGCAUGUUCUGCUCCCUCUUGAUUGCCGGCAACGUGGCAAACCCGCAUGUGGGCAGCAUCCCGGGUUGGCGCUUCCUUUUCGCUGGGGCCGGCUUGGUGGCCUUCAUUGUGGCAGGGGGCUUGGCGGGCUUCCUGGUGGAGCCGGCCCACCAACUGGACGAGGCCUCGAAGAUGAAGGGCUGCGCCGCCAUCCGCACGGAGCUUUGCACUGUGCUGAGCUUCCUGCGGAUCCCCACCUUCUGCGUGAUGAUCAUGCAGGGAGUGUUCGGCACCAUCCCCUGGAGCGUCAUGGGCAACAACUUGCUCUUCUUCAAGUUCUGUGGUCUGCAGGACUGGGAGGCCAGCAUCUUGGCCGCGGAGGGCACGGUGGCCGGGGUCUUCGGCAACAUCGCGGGGGGGAUGAUCGCGGAUGCCCUGGCCCGGCGCUUCGGGUACCACGGCAGGCCCUUGAGCGCCCAGAUCACCGUGGCCAUCGGCAUCCCCAUGGUCUUCCUGCAGUUUUACGGGAUCCCCCCGGGGUCGGGCUCCUUCGGCGCCUACUUUGCGCUGAUCGCGGGCUUCGGGCUGCUGGGGUCCUGGGCCCAGUCCGGCACCAACUUCCCCAUCCUGUCGGACAUCGUGCCGCCCAGCGACCGCAGCAAGGUGAUGGCCUGGGAGUGCGCCAUGGAGAACUCCUUGGCCAACGCCAUCGGCCCCGGCCUGGUGUCCACCUUGGCCGUGGCCUUCGGCUACCGCUUCGGGUCCGAGGAGAUGGAGGGUCAGUCCCUGUCCUCGGCCCGGGCGCUGGGCUCUGCCAUGGCGGCCACCAUUUGCAUCCCGUGGCUCAUCACUUUGCUGGCCUACACGUUGCUCCACUGGAGCUAUCCUCGGGAUAUGAAGCGCCUGAAGGCCAAGCAGGCAGCCCAGGCUGAAGCUAAGGCCGCCCACGAGGAGGAGAUGUGCAUCUAG